CUUCUCCUUUCCGGGUUGUUGAAGUCGUUAGAUGUAUUGGCACCGUGCAAAGCAGUUCCCCCACACCGUUACUUUAUCUGUGCGGAGGAACAACACAGUCCACAAUGAGACUGAUCCAUUGCUGCACUGCUUUGCUGCUGCUUGUCCUCAUUCCCAGAGCCUGUCAAGGUGGCAACAUCUUGGUCUUUCCCAUUGAGGGCAGCCACUGGAUAAACAUGGAUAUCCUACUUCAAGCUUUGCACGCAAGAGGACACAAUAUAACUCUUCUGCGUUCCAGCAAAAGCUGGUACAUCAAGGAUAAAGCCUCUUUUUACAGUACUUAUACAGUUCAGGUGGAGCGGAGCUUAGAUCAGAAGUUCAUUACAGAACUCGUAUCCAAGGUCAUUAAAUUUGACAGGGGGGCUCUUCCCUUGAUGAGUUUUCUCCACAUUACUGUAGGAAUGUUGGGCACGUUUGUUGAAGCUCACAGGGCCAUAGCUGAAUAUGUAUCAGCAAUGCUAGAUGACCAAGAGUUGAUGAGCAUCCUGAAAGACAGCAAGUUUGACCUGGUACUCACCGACCCCUGCUGGGGCGGUGGAGUCAUUUUGGCCAAAUAUUUGAACCUUCCUUUGGUUUAUAAUGUGCGGUGGCUAAUAGCUGGAGAGGGUCAUUUUGCCAUUGCUCCUUCACCUUUAUCAUACAUUCCUAUAACAGGAACUGGAUUCACUGAUAAGAUGACCUUUUUUCAAAGGGUUAAAAAUGUCAUCUUGCAUGUAAUUACCCAAACACAAAGUCAAAUGGUGAUUAAGUUAGUAUACCAGGAACUGUGUGACAAAUAUCUUGGGCCUGAUAAUGAAUUUAAUGAGUUAAUGCUUGAUGCAGACAUUUGGCUGAUGAGAGUGGACUUUGUGUUUGAGUUCCCUCGCCCCACCAUGCCUAACGUUGUCUAUAUGGGGGGGUUCCAGUGUAAACCUGCAAAAUCUCUCCCUGAACACCUGGAGGAGUUCAUGCAGAGUUCUGGAGAGCAUGGAGUUAUCCUGAUGUCUCUGGGGACAUUUGUGAGUGACCUUCCUGCUGACCUAACAGACUACAUCGCUGCAGCUUUUGCUAAAUUACCACAGAAAGUCAUCUGGAGACAUAAAGGUGACAGACCAGCCAGUGUGGGCAACAACACUUUAAUAGUAGACUGGAUGCCACAGAAUGACCUUUUAGGACAUCCCAAGAUGAAACUAUUUGUGGCUCAUGGAGGAACUAAUGGUUUUCAAGAAGCUAUUUAUCACGGUGUCCCAGUUGUGGGUCUUCCUUUGUUUUUUGACCAAUACGACAACCUGCUGCGUCUUCAAGAGAGAGGAGCCGCUAAGAUUCUCUCCAUCAAAACAGUGGACCAAGACGACAACUUCCUGAGGGUCAUACAGGAAGUCCUGAAUGAGCCCUCCUACACAGUGAUCAUGCAGAGACUCUCCAGGCUGCACAGAGAUCAGCCAAUAACACCACUGGAGAACGCCCUCUUCUGGAUAGAGUUUGUCAUCAGACACAAAGGAGCAGCUCACCUGAAAGCAGCGUCCUACAGAAUGCCCUGGUACUCCUACCACUCUGUUGAUGUGUUUUUGUUCCUGGCUGGAGCUGUGCUGCUUGUGCUUUUCACCACUGUCAUUUUCAUCAGGUGUUUAUAUACUACAAUGUGUAAACGUAAAGUGAAACGUGACUAAUCAUUCAAGGGAAAUACAUUUUGUAUUUUUUUCUAAAAGCAUCAAUAUCCAAACUGAUAGGGAGUGUAGUAUAAGAGAUCAAUGUAAGGUUUGCCCAUAUGCAACAUUUUGGCAGAUGCGCAGCAGUGACAUUGUAUGCUAUUUUAAUUUGUUUUAUCGUAAGUAUUUGCAUGUACUGAACUGAUGUUAAGACCUUUUUUUAACCAAGACUACAAGUACUAGAAAUGAAUGUAAAUAUGAAUGUAAAUUGAGUUAUAUUUGUCUCAGUGGGAAUAUUUGUGACCUGUAUUUGACUUUUGUUCAGGGGCAAUGGCAGGACUGUCCCUAAUACCUAAUGUCUUUAGGUAUUAUGAGAUAGCAGGGGCUCACAGUCAUAAAAAAGAGCCCACGUUUGAGGUUAAAACCUGCCUUUUAUCUAAGUUGUCAUUUCAUGUAGCUAAAUGUAACUCUGUGUAAAACCAAUCACUGAAAGAGAUUUAACAGACGUUGAUUGUUUAGGUCUGAUUUAUCCUGGAGAAGAUAAAAAAUGUUUUCUGACACA